AUACAUAUAUGAGAAAAAGAAGCUAUAUCAUCGUAAUCCUAGUUCAUUUAUUCAAUUGUGGUCACUUAUUUAAAUUGUAUAACACUGUAAGUGCAGUUUAAUUAUUUACAGCAAUUUCAUUAAAUGGCUCCAAACAUAAAAAUUGUGCACAAUGAGAAACUAGUUCUUGGUGAGGGUCCAUACUGGGAUCAUGUUGCUCAAGUGCUCUAUUAUGUUAAUGUAUUGGAAAGUACUAUUUUCAAAUAUGAACCAAGUACUGAGAAAUUCACCCAAGUUAUUGUAGAUAAGGAAAAAAAAUCGAGUGUGAGCUUCGUUAUACCUGUAGAAGGUAUCAAAGACAAAUUUGUCAUUGGGUAUGGAAACAAACUUGCCCUUUUGACUUGGAAUGGUAUCAGUACUUAUCCAACGAAUCUUGAAAUACUUAUCAGUUUGAAUGAAGCAACUGACACUGUAUUUAAUGAUGGCAAAGUUGAUCCCAGAGGUCGUUUGUGGACCGGGACAGUAUUCCCAGGUGUCAUCACUGGAUCCCAAGAACGACGCGGAGAGUUAUAUAGAAUGAAUUCACAAGAAAAGUGUGUCACAAGUCAUGCUACUGGUAUAGGAAUUAGCAACGGUCUUGCAUGGUCAACUGAUCACAAAAUAUUUUACUACAUCGAUAGUUUGAAUAAUACAGUUGAUGCAUUUGAUUAUAAUAUUAACAGUGGAGAACUAUCCAACCGUCGUAUAGCUUUUGACUUCGUGAAGAAUAAUUUGAAGGGGUUUCCUGACGGGAUGACUAUAGAUGUAGAAAAUAAACUGUGGGUUGCAGCAUUCAAUGGAAGUGCUGUACAUCAAGUAGACCCUGAAACUGGUUCUCUUCUUCAAUCUGUAAAAUUCCCUACCUCACAGAUAACUUCUGCCACGUGGGGAGGACCAAACUUGGAUGAACUCUAUGUCACAAGUGCCAGUCACUCGGAAACAGGACAGAAUUUUUACGCAGGACGCUUGUUUAAAGUUACAGGACUCGGUACAUCUGGUCUCCCAGGUUUCUCAGUCAAAUUACAAAUACAAAGGGCUUGA